AUGAUAAGUUUUUAUGGUCAGGUAGGCUUUGAGGAAAUUAGUAAAUAAUUAAAAGACUUGAAAAUAUUUACAUUUGCUGAAUCAUUAGGAAGAGUUAAAAGUAUAAUGAAUAAAUUUUUAUAUCUUAUUCAAUUAUUUAAUUAUUCAAUUACUUAUAUAGGUUUAUUUGAAGUAUAAUAUAUUGAAUAGAAAUUAUGAAUUAAUUAAAUUACUUGUUAAUGUAAGCAAUUAAUUGGGAAUCACAGACAAUUUGGUUAGAGUUUCAAUUGGUAUUGAGAAUGUUAAGGAUUUAAUAAAUAAUAUGGAAAAAGCAUUUAAAUUGA